AUGGAUUCAGCACUCGCUCCUGCUAAUAUUAUUGCCAUUAUCAAUUCUAUUCCUAUGUUAAAUGGCUCUAACUUCAAGUCAUGGCAAGAGAAUUUCAUGAUAGUUCUCAGAGUCAUGGAUCUUGACCUUGCGAUAAGGAAAGCCAUUCCGGAAGCAUUCAGGGGCACAAUAUCUGAAAAGAUUACUACGGCUAAGGAUUUGCUUUUGGAUAUUGAAAAGAGGUUUGCCAAGAAUGAAAAGGCUGAAAUUGGUACACUCUUGUUUAACCAGUUUAAGGGUUGCCUGAGUUGCCGAAAGCCAAAUGAUGCUGAAAGAUACAUCUAUGUGGGCGAUGGCAAGACGGUUCAAGUUGAGGUUGAAGUUGAAAACCAACUCAACAAAAGGAUUAAAAGCAUCAGAUCUGAUCGUGGUGGUGAAUACUAUGGCAGAUAUGACGGUUCAGGUGAACAACAUCUAGGGCCGUUUGCUAAGUUCCUGAAAGAAUGCAGUAUCGUCCCACAGUACACCAUGCUGGGUUCGCCCACUAUGAAUGGUGUUGCUGAAAAACAAAACAUGACACUUAAGGACAUGGUAAGGAGUAUGAUUAGUCAUUCUACCUUACUGAAAUCACUCUGGGGAGAAGCACUUAAGAUUGCAGAAUAUAUCCUUAAUAGAGUUCCAACUAAAGCGACUGCCAAAACCCCUUAUGAACUUUGGACAGGUAAGAAGCUUAGUCUAAAGCACUUACACAUUUGGGGAUGUCCAGCUGAGGCUAGGCCUUAUAGGUCGAAUGAAAAGAAAUUGGACUCAAGGACGGUGAGUUGCUAUUUUAUUGGAUACUCUGAAAGAUCCAGGGGGUACAAGUUUUAUGAUCCCACGACUAAGUCAUUUUUUGAGUUUGGAAAUGCACGAUUAUUUGAGGAUGCCGAGUUUGCGGGGGGAGAUACAGGUAGGGACAUUGUUUUUGAAGAGGAAUAUGUUGAUAUUCCACAGGUGUUAUUGGAUGAAACACACGAGCAAAGGGCAGAGAAACUGAAGGAGGAGAUAAUGUGCAUGAUCGAUGAUGAAGAUGCAGAUUCGUUGGCCAUACUCGAACUAAUAGACGACAUAAGACGGUUGGGCAUAAUCCAUCACUUCGAGAAGGAUAUUAGUAAAGCACUCAAAAGAAUUCUGUCAUCAAAACAAACUGAAGACAAGGAGAGCCUUCAUGCUGUUGCCCUCCGAUUCAGACUCCGUAGAGAACAUGGCUAUGAGGUCUCUCAAGACGUCUUUAGGAGAUUUAAGGAUUCAGAUGAAAACUUCAGCAAUUACCUUGCUGAGGAUGUCAAGGGAUUUCUCAGUUUGUAUGAAGCUUCAUAUCUAGCUUUUGAGGGAGAAGACCUUCUGGACGAGGCUAAAGCAUUUGCAAGCUCACAGCUAAAGGGUUUUAAAGGCGACAUAGAUGCAGCCCUAAUGGACCAAAUAAACCGUGCAUUGGAACUUCCCUUGCACCAUAGGAUGUCCAGGUUGGAAGGAAGAUGGUAUAUUGAAAAUUACAGCAAAAGAGAAGAUGCAAAUCACUCGCUUCUUCGCCUGGCAAAGUUGGAUUUCAACAUGGUGCAAUCUACACUUCAGAGAGAGCUAAAAGAGAUGUCAAGGUGGUGGGAGGAUAUGGGUUUGGCAACAAAGUUGAGUUUCGCAAGAGAUAGGCUUAUAGAAAGCUUCUUUUGGACACUGGGGAUGGCCUCUGACCCUCAACUGAGCGAUUGUCGCAAGGCGCUCACAAGGGUGGUGAAACUUAUAACCAUCAUUGAUGAUGUUUAUGGAUCUAUGGACGAACUUGAAUUAUUCACUUUGGCUGUUGAGAGAUGGGAUAUAAACAUUGUGGAGAACCUUCCCGACUACAUGAAGUUGUGCUUCUUGGCUUUGUAUAACACAGUCAAUGAAAUGGCUUAUAACACUCUCAAAGAACAAGGGGUGAACUCAAUACCAUAUUUAAAAAGAGCGUGGACAGACUUGUGCAAAUCCUUCUUAUUGGAAGCAAAGUGGAGCUUUAGGAGAGAAACUCCAACAUUUGAAACAUAUCUGGAGAAUGCAACAAUUUCAUCAUCCGGUAUUGUUUUACUAGCCCAUUCCUACUUUCUACUGGCUAAGAAUGUCACAGAAGAGUCACUGAAGAGCUUCGAUAUCUACCAUAGUCUUCUGGAAAGUCCAUGUCAGAUCUUCAGGCUUUGCAACGAUUUGGCCACUUACAAGGCUGAGAUGGAGAGAGGAGAAUCCGUAAAUGCAAUCUCAUGCUACAUGCUGGAAGCUGGAGCUCCAGAACAGAUUGCUGCCAGUCACAUGAGCAAUUUAAUUGACAAAGCAUGGAAGAAGAUGAACAAAUGUAGAGUAAUGGAUUCUUAUUUUGACAAAUCAUUUAUACAGAUUGCUAUGGGCCUUGCUCGGGUUGCUCAAUGCGUGUACCAACAUGGAGAUGGGCAUGGAGCUCCAGAUGGCAGGGCAAAGAAUAGAAUUUUGUCAGUGAUAAUAGAACCUGUUAAAGUCAUGGAAAAUGGAAGAAAAAUACCCAAGUAUAUGAAAACAGAAAUGUACCAGUAG